CAAAUAUUAAAAAAUAAAAGUUGUAAUAUUAUUUCUAUUAAAAGUAACCAUAACAAUAAAUUUUUAGAAAGAUAUUUUUCAAAUAGUAAUAAUAAUAAAAUGAGCGAUUUAAAUGAACAAGAAUGGAGAGUUAAAUUAUCUCCAGAACAAUUUCGUGUAUUAAGAGAAAAAGGAACUGAAGCCCCAUUUGUUGGUAAGUAUACAGAUAAUAAAGAUGAAGGUUUAUAUGAAUGUGCAGGUUGUGGAACUCCAUUAUUCAAAAGUACUCAAAAAUUCCAUAGUGGAUGUGGAUGGCCAAGUUUCUUUGACUCUCUUCCAGAUGCUAUAACUUUUCAUUCUGACCCAUCAAUCCCAGGUAGACCAAGAACUGAAAUUUGCUGCAAAAAAUGCGGUGGUCAUCUUGGUCAUGUAUUUAAAGGAGAAGGUUUUAAUACACCAAUUGAUCAACGUCAUUGUGUCAACUCAAUUAGUUUAAAUUUCAAACCAUCAAAACAAUAAAUAUAUAUAACAAGAAACUAAAGAAGGUUCUAUUUUUUUCCUAUUUUCUUUAUACAAUAAAUUUAAAAUUUUUCCAAAUUUAUUAAAUUAAUAUAAAUAAAUUUUAUACC